UAUUGGACUGACGAUCUCCACGAAGCUCUCUAUUCUCUUUUCCUCCCCUUUAAUAAUUUCAUUACCCUGCCUACUUUUUCCAACUCUUUUCUUUCGCCCUAGAUUUCUCGGAUCUUCUCUGUCUCUCCGCCAGCUUCAUUCAUUCUCUGAGUCUGGAAAAAUCAGAGUUUGGAGUGAGAGAUGCCCUCGAUAUCGUAUUCUCCAGCUGCAUUUAUUGGAACUUCAGCUUCGGAUCUUCUUCGGAGCUCCUCUAACGGCGUGACUGGCAUCGCUCUUAAAACCUUGGGAAGGACACGAUUUUUGGUGAAGAGGAGGGAUGUAACUAUAGCUGCAAAGUUGAGGAAAGUAAAGAAGCAUGAAUACCCAUGGCCUGCAGAUCCGGAUCCAAAUGUGAAAGGCGGAGUCCUCACUCAUCUCUCUCAUUUCAAGCCGCUGAAAGAGAAACAAAAGCCUGUUACGUUGGAGUUUGAGAAGCCACUUGUUGAUUUAGAGAGGAAGAUUGUUGAUGUGAGGAAGAUGGCAAAUGAAACUGGUUUGGAUUUCAGUGAUCAGAUUCUUUCAUUGGAGAACAAAUACCAACAGGCUCUAAAGGAAUUAUACCUACAUCUUACUCCUAUACAACGAGUGAACAUUGCUCGGCACCCUAACAGACCCACUUUCCUCGAUCAUGUAUUUAACAUUACUGAUAAGUUUGUGGAGCUUCAUGGAGAUCGAGCAGGGUAUGACGAUCCAGCUGUUGUUACUGGUAUAGGAACAAUUGAUGGUAGGAGGUACAUGUUUAUUGGUCAACAAAAGGGUAGAAAUACUAAAGAGAAUAUUCAGCGCAACUUUGGAAUGCCAACGCCUCACGGCUACAGGAAGGCUCUACGUAUGAUGUAUUAUGCAGAUCACCAUGGGUUCCCUAUAGUUACUUUUAUUGACACUCCUGGGGCAUAUGCGGACCUUAAGUCUGAGGAGUUGGGUCAAGGUGAAGCUAUUGCCCAUAAUUUGAGGACCAUGUUUGGUCUGAAGGUCCCAAUUGUUUCUAUUGUUAUUGGGGAAGGUGGUUCUGGUGGUGCCUUGGCCAUUGGCUGUGCUAACAAGUUGUUAAUGCUGGAAAAUGCAGUCUUUUAUGUUGCCAGUCCAGAAGCAUGUGCUGCAAUUUUGUGGAAGAGUGCUAAAGCUUCUCCAAAGGCAGCUGAGAAGCUGAGGAUCACUGCCCCAGAAUUGUGCAAGCUGCAAAUUUGUGAUGGAAUCAUUCCUGAACCACCGGGUGGUGCCCAUGCAGGUCCAGCUUGGACUUCACAACAAAUAAAAGCUGCGAUCAAUGAAAAUAUGGAUGAGCUCUUGGCAAUGGACACCGAAGAGCUACUAAAGCAUCGCACACAUAAGUUUAGGAAACUGGGUGGGUUCCAAGAGGGUAUCCCUCUAGAUCCCAAGAAGAAAGUUCAUAUGAAAAAGAAAGAAGAACAAACUGUACCUAGAACCUCAAAUGCAGAGUUGGAGGGUGAGAUUGAAAAAGUGAAACAGCAAAUCUUGAAAUCCAAGGAGUCAUCCAGCAAGCCACCUGAGUUGGCUCUGAAGAACGUGGUUGAAAAAUUGAAAAAGGAGGUCUAUCACGAAUACUCUGAGGCCGUUAAAUACACGGGCUUUAAGGACAGACUUGAGAUGCUAAGAGGAGAAGUUUCAAAAGCAAAUUCAAGGGAGCAACUCAUGAAUCCUGGUCUAAUGGAUAAGAUUGAGAAGCUUAAACAUGAGCUCAACCAGAAGUUAUCUGCGGCUCCAAAUUACACGAUCCUAAAACAUAAGCUUGACAUGUUGAAGGAGCUUUCCACAGCCAAGAGUCAGUCGAAGGCUGUUACAAUGAAGCAGGAAGUCAAUAAGAAAUUCAAUGAAAUCAUGGGUCGGCCCAAGAUAAAUGAGAAGCUUAAAGCAUUAGAGGCUGAGGUUCAAAAGUCUGGUUCAUCCAGCUUUGUAGAUCUAGAUCAUGGGCUUAAGGACAAAAUUCUGAACUUGAAGAAAGAGAUAGAAUUGGAAAUGAUUAAUGCUCUCGAAUCCUUGAGUCUGAAUGUCGAGGCCAUAAAAUCUAAUGCAAAUUCAAUUUCACUUUCAAUCUUCAAAGACAAGGUGGAUAAUUUGAAUGAAGAAAUCAACAAGAAAAUCCAAAAUGUUGUCGAUUCAUCAGAGUUGAAAAAUAUGAUAGAGUUAUUGAAGCUGGAGAUGGCAAAGGCAGAGGAUAUUCAGUCAAAAAGUAAGAUCGAGGCUCUGGAACAGCAGAUUAAGCAACGACUUUCAGAAGCUAUCAGCUCCUCGGAAUUAAAGGAGAAGCAUGAAGAGUUGAAGGCAGAAGUUUCUGAAGCAAUUAAAUCUUCUGCUAGUGGUAAUGGAAGUUUGCAAAAGGAAACCAAGUACGUGGAACCUAAGCUUGAGAUGAAUUUUGCUUAGUGUAUGCAGCUGCUGGUAUUUAUACAUUGCCUGGUUCUUUAUUUGCUUUAGAUUUCUGAUGAAUAAUCUUACGUGAUUUUAUUUGAUGCAUAAGGAUGUAUACCAUUUAGCAGGAGGACCUGGAAUAAUUGUAACUGUUUCACCAUCAAUUGCAUUGAGUGGUAUCUUAUCCUCUGUUUCGACCAA